CAACCCGGAAUUGGUUGCUAGACUGAGGCGCGAAGCGGUCUUCAGAUUUGGUCUCCGGUGCGCGGAAGUGAAGCGACGCGGAGAUGGAGGUGAGCCAGGCGGCGUCUGGCACCGACGGUGUCCGGGAACGGAGGAGCCCGUUCGAAGCUGGAAGGAGGAACCAAGAUGAGGCACCUCAGUCCGGGACGAACGGGCUUCCGAAACACUCCUACUGGCUGGAUCUCUGGCUCUUCAUCCUUUUCGACCUGGUCUUGUUCGUCUUCGUGUACCUCUUGCCCUGACCGCUUUGCUGAGAGUCAAGAAUGAGGCUUCUGGAGCGAAUCUUGAAAACUACUAUAGACUCUUGAAUGAAGAGGACUUCCAGCAGCUGACUUCCACACCUUUCCUUCAGCCCUUGAUCUCCCUAAAGUAGUACCAUAUGUUUAAAGCCUGUUUUUAAUGGUUGAAUUAAUGAUUGUAGCUAAAUGAUAUAUAAUAUAUAUUUUUAAUAAUGCCUGUAACUUAAGUACUUAAGGGAAAUGUAUGUGGUAUUUACUCACCCGACAGAUACUGGGCCCCUCACUCUUACCCAGACAUCAGUUUGGACACAGCAGUGAACAUCAGCAAAAAAAAAAAAAAAAAAAAGUUAUCUUUGUGAAGCUUACUUUCUCAAAUAUUGUUUUAAAACUAUGUUAUUAUAAAAUAGUUAUCUAGCGUUUAGGUAGCACUUACUCAUUAAGGCCACAGUCCCAAAGCAGCUACUAGAAGCAUUUUGGAACCUGUUCCUUUUCAUUUUAAGACCUGGGUAAUGUAGAAAUUCUUUACUGUUGGUUUUAGUGCUAUUCAGUAUAUGAGAACUGCCUAAAAUACUCAGAAGGGGUGUUUUUCUCCCUUAUAAUUCACAAUAUUUGGUAAACUGUUUACAAUUGUCUUAAGAUACUGUUGCAUUUGCUUGGAUAAUUUUUGUGCAAGGUGUAACUGAAGUAUGUGUAUUAGCACACAGGGCUGGGGUGAGUUUACCACACUCUGGGACCUGCUUACUAAUUUUCUCUAAUAAACGUUGAAUCACUGAA